CCCCGAAGUACGCGGCCCGAUCCUGUCCGCCAUAUUGGAUGCCGCAGCCGCCGCUGCCAGCGCUUCCUCUCUGUCUUCGCGGUGCGCUGCUGGUUCCCGUGGCCCAAGCGGCGGGGAGGUGAAACAGGAGCCUGUGGGAAGAAGAGGAAGAAGGGGGUGGAGAGUAUAGGGGACGGGGCCUGAGGGUGGAGGACAGAGACGGAGCGGGCGGAGAAGAGAAGGCGCCGCGCCAGCCCCUCCCCCGCCCGCCGCCGACCCGCCCCAGCAGGCUCUGUCCCCAGACCGGCGCUUCGCCCGCCCAGCAGCCAUGCCCGGGCCUCACCGGCCCUGAGGGUACCCUCGCCCGCCAGUGCCUCUCUUCUGCGCCCGCCCCGCGUCGCAGCGGCCGCUCUCCCGCGGGCGCCCGCGUCUCGCGCUCUCCACCCAGUACAGCUGCCGCCGCCUCUUCCGCCGCCGAGCUCGGGCCUCCGCGCAGGCAACAUGGAGGCCGUGAAAACCUUCAACAGCGAGUUGUAUUCCUUGAAUGACUACAAGCCACCUAUUUCUAAAGCAAAAAUGACCCAGAUUACAAAGGCAGCCAUCAAAGCUAUUAAGUUCUAUAAACAUGUGGUACAGAGUGUUGAGAAAUUCAUUCAGAAAUGUAAACCAGAAUACAAGGUACCUGGACUUUAUGUUAUUGACUCCAUUGUGCGACAGUCCCGACAUCAGUUUGGUCAAGAAAAGGAUGUAUUUGCACCCAGAUUUAGUAAUAACAUCAUUAGCACUUUCCAGAAUUUGUAUCGUUGCCCUGGGGAUGACAAGAGUAAAAUAGUGAGAGUAUUAAACUUGUGGCAAAAGAACAAUGUAUUCAAGAGUGAAAUCAUUCAGCCUCUUUUGGAUAUGGCAGCAGGGAUUCCUCCUCCAGUUGUCACGCCUGUUCUGGCCAGUACCACUACUGCUCUGAGCAAUACUCCAGGAACUCCAGUGACACCUGUUACUCCAGCCAAUGUGGUCCAAGGCCUGUCUGAUCCAUGGGUAUCUCAAAUAACAAACACAGAUACACUUGCUGCUGUUGCUCAGAUCUUACAAAGUCCUCAAGGCCAACAGCUUCAGCAGUUAAUACAGACUUUACAGAUACAACAGCAGAAGCCCCAACCUUCCAUCCUGCAGGCCCUGGAUGCUGGACUUGUGGUUCAGUUGCAGGCGCUUACUGCACAGCUUACAGCUGCAGCUGCAGCAGCGAACACACUUACUCCCUUAGAACAGGGAGUCUCUUUUAACAAGAAGUUGAUGGAUAGAUUUGAUUUUGGUGAAGAUUCUGAGCAUAAUGAAGAACCCAAAAAGGAAAUUCCAACUCCUCAACUUUCUCAUGUUUCAGAAUCAGUGAACAAUUCCAUUUUUCAUCAGAUAGCAGAGCAACUACAACAGCAAAACCUUGAACAUCUCAGACAGCAGCUUCUGGAACAGCAACAACCACAGAAGGCAACACCUCAGGAUAGUCAAGAGGGAACAUUUGGGUCAGAGCAUUCUGUGUCACCUUCACAAGGUAGCAGCCAGCAACAUUUUCUGGAACCUGAGGCAACUUUGGAUGAUUCCAUAGAUAUUCAACAACAGGAUAUGGAUAUAGAUGAAGGACAAGAUGGUGUGCAAGAGGAAGUCUUUGAACAGGAAGCUAAGAAAGUGGCUGUUCGUUCGAGAUCAAGGACUCAUUCACGAUCUCGUUCAAGAUCACCAAGAAAACGAAGAUCCAGGUCACGAUCUGGUUCGAGAAAGCGUAAGCACAGAAAGCGAUCGCGCUCUCGCUCAAGAGAAAGAAAGAGAAAAUCAUCGCGUUCAUACUCAAGUGAAAGGAGAGCCAGAGAAAGGGAGAAAGAACGACAGAAAAAGGGAUUACCUCCAAUUCGGUCUAAAACAUUAAGUGUGUGUAGUACUACCCUCUGGGUUGGUCAGGUGGACAAGAAGGCAACACAACAAGAUUUAACUAACCUUUUUGAAGAAUUUGGACAGAUUGAAUCUAUUAAUAUGAUUCCUCCCAGGGGCUGUGCUUAUGUGUGUAUGGUUCAUCGACAAGAUGCAUUUCGGGCUCUUCAGAAACUCAGUUCUGGAUCAUAUAAAAUUGGUUCCAAAGUCAUUAAGAUUGCUUGGGCUUUAAACAAAGGUGUAAAAACAGAAUACAAACAAUUCUGGGAUGUGGAUCUGGGAGUAACUUAUAUACCAUGGGAAAAAGUUAAAGUGGAUGACUUGGAUGGUUUUGCAGAAGGAGGCAUGAUUGAUCAGGAAACUGUAAAUACUGAAUGGGAAACUGUGAAAAGCUCAGAACCCAUUAAAGAGACAGUCCAGACUACUCAGAGUCCAACUCCAGUUGAAAAGGAAACAGUGGUCACAACCCAGACAGAGGUUUUCCCUCCACCUGUUGCCAUGUUGCAGAUUCCAGUAGCUCCAGCGGUGCCUACGGUUAGUUUAGUUCCACCAGCCUUUCCCGUGUCAAUGCCAGUUCCUCCUCCUGGCUUCAGUCCAAUCCCUCCACCUCCUUUUCUGCGAGCAAGUUUUAACCCUUCACAACCACCACCUGGUUUCAUGCCACCGCCAGUUCCCCCACCGGUUGUACCACCCCCUGCAAUUCCACCAGUAGUACCAACAUCUUUAGUGCAACCACCAUUAUCCAUGACCCCAGAAACUGUGAAAGAUGUUGGAUUUGGUAGCCUUGUUUUACCAAGUGGGUCCGUUACCAGUGGUCUUGCUACUGCCGCUCUGCCAGCUGGAAAUGUUUUUAAUCCCCCAGCUAAAGCAGAGCCUGAAGAGAAAGUACCUCAUCUUAUAGAACACCAGAUUUCUUCUGGUGAAAAUACCAGAUCAGUGAUUACAAAUGAUAUUUCAAAUAGCACUGCGAUUCUAGGAGGACAGCCGUCUAAUGUGACAAGCAAUUCUGGAAUUCUGGGUGUCCAAAGACCAAAUGUAUCAAGUAAUUCUGAAAUACUUGGGGUUCGACCAUCUAAUGUCUCCAAUAGUACUGGGAUUAUUGGAGCCCAGCCACCAAAUAUCAUAAAUAACUCUGGAAUUUUGGGAAUACAGCCACCAAGUGUGUCGAAUAGUUCUGGACUUUUGGGAGUAUUACCCCCAAAUAUUCCUAAUGCUUCUGGACUUGUAGGAGUACAGCCACCAAAUAUUACAAAUACUUCUGGACUUUUGGGAACACAGCCACCACCAGCUGGACCUCAAAACUUACCCCCUUUAAAUAUCCCCAGUCAAAGGAUGCCUGCAAUGCCAAUAUUAGACAUCCGUCCAGGACUAAUACCACAGGCACCUGGACCAAGAUUCCCUUUAAUACAGCCUGGAAUUCCACCUCAGCGGGGAAUCCCUCCUCCAUCAGUACUUGAUUCAGCUCUUCAUCCACCACCCCGUGGACCUUUUCCUCCAGGAGAUAUCUUCAGUCAGCCAGAAAGACCUUUUCUAGCUCCUGGAAGACAAAGUGUAGACAAUGUUACUAACCCAGAAAAAAGGAUACCACUUGGGAAUGAUAACAUUCAACAAGAGGGAGAUAGAGAUUACCGGUUUCCUCUCAUAGAAGCCAGGGAGACCAUUGCUAGACCUCCCCCUGUGGAUGUUAGGGAAGUGGUUGGACGGCCUAUAGAUCCAAGGGAAGGUCCUGGAAGGCCUCCUUUAGAUGGUAGGGAUCAUUUUGGAAGACCUCCUGUAGACAUAAGAGAAAAUCUUGUGAGGCCAGGUAUAGAUCAUCUUGGUCGAAGGGACCACUUUGGCCUUACUCCAGAGAAGCCCUGGGGGCAUAGAGGAGAUUUUGACGAGAGAGAACACCGGGUUCUACCUGUCUAUGGUGGUCCAAAAGGCUUACAUGAAGAAAGAGGUAGAUUUCGGGCUGGAAACUAUCGAUUUGAUCCUCGAAGUGGUCCUUGGAACAGAGGAUUUGGACAAGAAGUUCACAGAGAUUUUGAUGACCGCAGAAGACCCUGGGAGAGGCAGAGGGAUAGGGAUGACAGAGAUUUGGAUUUCUGCAGAGAAAUGAAUGGAAAUCGUCUUGGGCGAGACAGAAUUCAAAACACUUGGGUUCCCCCUCCUCAUGCUCGGGUUUUUAAUUAUUUUGAAGGGGCCACUUCUCAACGAAAAAAUGAUAAUGUGCCUCAGGUUAAUGGUGAAAAUACAGAGAGACAUGCUCAGCCGCCGCCUUUACCCGUACAGAAUGAUCCUGAACUGUAUGAAAAACUGACAUCUUCAAGUGAGAUAAACAAGGAGAAGAGUGACACAGUUGCUGAUAUAGAAAGUGAACCAGUGGUGGUAGAAAGCACAGAAACUGAGGGGACAUAAUCAUCACUCAGUAGGUAAAAGAUACCUUUUGUAAAGUUGUCAUCUCUCUGUAAUAGAUUAAUGGCUGACUGGACCAUAGUUGUUCACUUUUGUCUGCCAGAAUUAAGUUAAAUCUGAUGUUCAUGUUCACCUUUCUCUUAAAAUAAUUGUACAACUGACUUGUAUAGACAUUGUUCUUAAUAUGAACAUGGUAGGUAAACAUCUUUUUUAUUUUUCUGAUAAAAUAUAAAUGUUGCCCCCAGAUUCUUUUAACGUCAAGGAAAUGAAUUUAACAGCUUGUCAGAGACUUCCUAUGGAAGAAAGAAUUUUUAGAUACUAUCAUUAGGUUGGAUAUGGUAAUAGAUAUAUUUCAAGAUAGCAAGUUAUGGUAUAUCUUACCCAUAUCUCUAGGCUGCUGCAGAAUUUUAAGGUAAUAGACAAAGCUGUGAUAUUUUAUGCAAAGACUGACUAGAUAUUUGAGGAGCAUAAUACAGAGAUUUUAAAAAGUGAUUUUGUAAAAUCUACACCAUGGUCUCUGUUACUCCAAAGUAAGUGUGUGUGAUUUGUUCCUCAUGCUGCAGUGAGUAAAAAAGAAAACAACAUAAAUAUUAAAGUACGUUUCAAUGUUGGGUGAAUUUUGUUUUUAGAUGCCAAUAAAACUUGUUUGAUAACAGUG